AUGAUGAACAUCAAGUCGCUUGUGCUUUCGUGCCUCCUCAUCGGAGCCGUCCAGUCAGAAGACGCAAAGGAUCUCAGCAAGCACAACUGCUGCCUCCAUAUCAAAAACGCGAGUGACGCUUGGUGGCUGACAAACCCCGACGUCACCAAAGAAGUCUGCGAGUCGUACUACAAGGACAUCGCAGAAUUUGACAGCGAGACUGGGACGUGCAACGAGCACAAAAAUGGGACGAUCAAUGAUGUGGAUUGGAAGAGCAAGUCUGAUAAUACUGAUAACAUGCCUACGCUUUGGGUCGAGGACUUUCACCACGAAGCAGCCAACCAUCAAUGGUGGUAUCGUGAGAGAAGGGCUGGCCACGUAUUGCGAGCGCUCUUGGAAUAG